UACUCACAGUUUCGAGCGCGGAACGAUGUGUGUGGGUCUUACAGGUCCGGAGCUCCAUCCACUGUGUCGACCCACCAGUAGCGUCGAUCCCUGAUCAGCCUGGAUUUAAGUCCUGGCUCGGAAGGCCGGUUCAACCUUCACGUCUGUUUAUAUACCCCCCGUGCUCCCUUAUUCUCCUACACUCACUAGGCUACACUGAGUUUGUUCACUUAUUUCACGUGAUUCUGGCUUGUCUGGUGAUCACAGCGAAGUAGACCACACCCUUUCUUCCCUUCUUUGAGCCUGUCUCACUGUCAGCGACUUUAUGUUACAGAGCAGGUGCUGAGCCGGGGAGCCAUGCUGAAGCUGAAGCUGGUGCUGCUGAUCAGCGUCUGCCUUGACCCUCAGAAGCAUCUGAUGCACGUACUGGCUCUGGGAAAAGAGGUGUCUCAGAUCCGUGCCCUGAUGACUUACGCUCAACAGUUUUCCGCGCGGGUGUUCCCUGUGUCCGCGACCACGCCCCUCUGUGCCACCGUGAGGAAGGACUGUACCUCCUGGCCUCCUUACUUCAUACAAGCCGGGUCGUUGUCGCUGGCGUCGGGCGGUGUGUGCCCCACUGGGGAUCUCGGGGCCUGGCAGAAACAAGGGCGGGACCAGCUGCAAGCCGGCAAGUACUGA